AUACAAAGUCUAUGAUCUUUGAAAUUUUCCAAUUUCCAGUCACUCUACCCCACCACAACUCCUCAUCAUCACAACCAGAAAAAGGAAAAGCAAAAAAAUGUAAACAGAACAAAAACAGUUGUCUUCUUUUCUUCUUCUUCCUCUGUUGCCCCCCUUCAUCUUUUUCCUCUUUAUUUUGCUCCAGAUCCAAAAAUUGCCACCAAAAAUCUAAUCUUUUUUCCAAUACGCAUUUCUCUAUUUCUCCAAUUUCCCUUAAAUGAAACCCUAACCCUAAAAAUCCCCUUUUAUUGCUCUCACUAUAAAACCCUAAUUUCACAAAUUCUCUACCCUAAAUUCAUCAAGUUUGAAUCUUGAUUGCAUUUUCGGACACCCUUUUUCGUGAAGAUUAAGGAUUUAUAGUUUAAUUGUGUUUUUAUUGAGGUUUUAGUUUUGGGGGAAAAUGGCUACGAGAGGGAGCAGAUCGGAGAAAGUGAAGAGAAUUUUUCAGCAAUUUGAUGUUAAUCGUGAUGGGGGUCUUAAUAGAGAGGAAAUGUCAGCGUUGGUUGUUGCUGUUAACCCUAGGGUGAAGUUUAGCGAGGAGCAAAUUAAUGCUAUUCUUGAUGAGGUAUUUCGUACGUAUAGUGAGUUUAUUGAUGGUGAAAAGGGACUAACUUAUGAGGGACUUUUACGGACGUAUGAUGAUGGAGCUGGUGAUGUUGAUCGUGAUUUUGAGGCCCUUGGUCUUGAGCUGAAGGUAGAGGAUAAUGCUGGAACUUCUAUUGCUGUUGAAGAGGCGUCGUCUUCGUCUAUUGCUGAUGAGAGAGUGAUGGAACCACAUAAGAAACAGAGGACUGCAGCUUGGGCAGCUAGUCCGAAUCAUGGCAUUGUGUUUGAUGAUACAUGGAAGCUUGUAGAUGAUCUUGAGAUAUUGAUUAAGAGGCUUAAAUCGAAGCAAACGAAAGAUGGGAAGGUGAAGAAUGAUAAUUCUGAUGUGUAUUCGGAAGGUUGGUCGAGGGAGUUAGGGCCUUCGACUGAGAUAACGGAUAAAAGGGUUAAUUGGGAGGAGACUGGACAUGAUUAUGCUGUGUUUGUUAAGGAGUUGGGUGUGUUGAGGUCGAGGGCUGAUGGUGCGAGGUCAAGGGAAGAAGCUUUUGAUGGUCAUAUGGCGAUUGGUAGGGUUUUGUAUGAUCAACAUUUGUUUAAGGAAGCAUUGGUGAGUUUUAAGAGAGCUUGUGAGUUGCAACCUGCUGAUGUUAGGCCACAUUUCAGGGCUGGCAAUUGUUUAUAUGUGCUCGGGAGGCAUAGUGAGUCGAAAGAGGAGUUCUUGCUGGCGUUGGAGGCUGCUGAAGCUGGUGGCAGUCAGUGGGCUUAUUUGCUUCCGCAGAUUCAUGUGAAUUUGGGAAUUGCUCUUGAAGGCCAAGGUAUGGUUAUUAGUGCCUGUGAACAUUAUAGAGAAGCUGCUAUUUUGUGUCCAACUCAUUUUAGAGCUUUGAAACUUUUGGGUAGUGCACUUUUUGGUGUGGGUGAGUACAAGGCUGCUGUUAAGGCAUUAGAAGAGGCUAUUUAUAUGAAGAGUGAUUAUGCUGAUGCACAUUGUGAUCUUGCUUCUGCAUUGCACGGGAUGGGUGAUGAUGAUAAUGCAAUUAAGGAGUUUCAGAGAGCUAUUGAUUUGAAACCUGGUCAUGUUGAUGCCUUAUACAAUUUAGGAGGACUUUACAUGGAUAUGGGUAGAUACCAGCGUGCUUCAGAGAUGUACACUAGGGUACUAAGUGUUUGGCCAAAUCAUUGGAGAGCACAGCUCAAUAAAGCUGUGGCUUUAUUGGGGGCCGGGGAAACUGAGGAAGCUAAGAAGGCUUUGAAAGAAGCUCUGAAGAUGACAAACAGAGUGGAAUUGCAUGAUGCAGUAGCACAUUUGAAACAGCUUCAGAAAAAGAAGUUGAAGGGGAAUGGAGGUGGCAAUGGGGAAGAGGCCUUUAUCAUUGUUGAACCCUCAAAGUUUAAGACCGUGGGUGAGAAAACCACAUUGAGAGCAGAUUUAUCCACUGCUCUUGAUAUUAGAAGUUUUCAGAGGAUUACUCGUCUUAAUCGGUGUGAUGUUGAUCAAAUAAAGAAGGAAAUAGAUGAAACUGAUGUGCCAAUGUCUUAUUCUGGUGGUGUACCAGAAAAGUCUAUACGCAAGGCUUCGCUGGAGGAGAUUCUGCGUAGAUUGCUUAAAUUCUUGAAGCCAGAAACUUUUAUAGGAGCUGUUAAAGCCAUUAACCAGAAAGUUCUCUCUAUUUUAGACGAGUCAGAAUCAGGUCGGCUAGAUCUUGGCAUGUUUUUUGCCGUUCUUGCUCCUGUCUGUGGAGGAUCAGCAGAGAAAAGAAAACGCAUUGCAUAUGAGGCGCUGUUGUGGCGUCCUGUUAAUGAGGGUAGCAACCAGAUAAGGAAAACUGAUGCUCAAAGGUACAUCAAACUGCUGAGAGCUAUUUACAUUCCGUCCCAAGGAGCAAGUGAAAUUCUGGAAAUUCAUGGAGAGAUGGACGCAUCAUGGGUGUCUUUAGCAGAAUUCACUGCAAUGUUUGAUGAUCCGGAUUGGGGUUUUGGUAUUAUGUCCACUUUGCUGAAGCUUGAAUUGGGAGAUAGGAAUCGUCAUGGUAACCAUGUCUGUGCAACCUGUCGCUACCCAAUCAUUGGAUCUCGCUUUAAGGAGAUAAAAUCACAUUUUAGUUUGUGUAGUCAGUGUUACAGUGAAGGAAAAGUACCUCCAACCAGCAGGCUAGAAGAGUACAGAUUUAAAGAAUAUGCUAAUGAAUCUGAGGCAAUGAAAGAUAAGUGCAUGUGGUUCGGAAUCCAUUCUAAAGGCUCCUCCACGCCUGCCACUUCCUAGCGCCUACAUGUUUUUUAGAUGUUCAGGGUGUGACUUAUAUCUACCUUAUGAAACACGUUCCUCUGGGCUUCAUGCUCUUGUACAAUAAUCCUUUCAAGUUGCGACCAUCAAUUCUUUGUUUAAAGGCAGUAUUUGUAGGAACUUGUAGUUCUUUAUGGGUGCCUUUUCAUCUCUUUUUCUGACUCCUUUGAGGGAUUUGCAUCUCAUGUAAGUUCAUCAGUGUAAAGUUCUAUGGUGUUCAUUUGAUUUUUCAUUUGGCAGUAUUGUAUGUGGCUAUGGAUCGAGUUCAUUAUUUAUCAACAAUUGAUUCCACA